AUGCAGCGUCGCGGUGUGUCCCCUUCAGAGCAGAUAAACCUUCAGUCCCAAAGCGCCAGAGGAAGAAGUAGAGCAGCAGCCUUCGCCGCUGCACGUCCGUCCCUCACUAGAGAGCCGAUUGUACUGGCGAAGCUCCACACUAACCAAGGUCAUCAUGUCGAAUGCUGGUGCAGCCUCACAAAGACCAGUUAGGAGCCGUGACAAAGGCCGUCACGGUCCCAACUCCUCUGGUGUGAAAGAAAUUCACAUUGAUGAAGAAGUCAAGAUAGCAGUGAACAACUCUUUGGACAGGUUUCGCUACAGUGACCAGAGAGAGAUGGAAUUUCCUUCCUCCUUGUCCAGUACUGAGAGGGCUUUCAUUCAUCGAUUGGCGCAGUCCUUGGGUUACAUUUCUAAGAGCAAAGGAAAGGGAACAAAUCGCUUCCUCACUGUCAGGAAGAAGGAUGGCUCGGACAAGCCUCAGCCGACCACGGCCCUCACGCUUUCCCAAAAUUCCAUGUAUUUCGUCCGCAACCUGCUUCAGAGGUUUCCCUCCAGCAAGAGGGAGCGUACAGACGUGCAGAUCAACAGCAAGGGCGGCAUGUCUCUGGCUGCAGAACCUGACAACGGCUAUGACAGGAACAGGGCGAGCGGGUGCCUAAACAACGGUAUUCCUAUGGUACCUCGGAGGAGGAGUCCAUCAGAGCUGGACAGUUUCCGACGUGCCCUGCCUGUGUAUGAACAUCAGGAAGAGAUCGUCCAGCUUAUCAGAGAAAAUAGGGUGGUGCUCGUGGUGGGAGAGACCGGCUCUGGAAAAACUACACAGAUUCCACAGUUCCUGCUGGACGACUGCAGCAAGAAUGGAGAGCCCUGCAGGAUCUUCUGCACUCAGCCCAGACGGCUGGCUGCCAUCGCAGUGGCUGAGAGAGUGGCAGCCGAGAGAGGGGAGAGUGUGGGCCAGACAGUUGGUUACCACAUCAGACUGGAGAGCAGGGUCUCUCCCAAGACGCUGCUGACGUUCUGCACAUGUGGCGUGUUCCUCAGAACACUGAUGGCUGGAGAUUCUCGUCUAGCAACUGUAUCCCAUGUUAUUGUGGAUGAGGUGCACGAGCGUGAUGGUCUAACUGAUUUCCUGCUAACUAAGAUGAGGGAGGUGACUCAGAAGAUCCCCACUUUGAAAGUGAUCCUCUCCAGUGCUGCUCUGGAUAUAGAACUGUUCCUUAAGUACUUUGGCUCCUGUCCUGUUAUCUACCUCAAAGGGAGACAAUUUGAAGUGAAGGAUUUUUUUCUAGAGGACAUUCUGAGACUGACGGGCUUCAACAGUAAGGACGUCCGGAAAUACAAGGAGGACACACAGAGAAAAGAGAAAAAGGAGAAACGUUUGAGUGAGUGGUGUGAGGCAUUGGAGACUGGAGCUGGGGACAAACCGAGGACCCAUGUGCUUGCUACAAGCUUACUGCAGGACAGCAGCUGUGGAGACAGAGAGGACAGGCCCUUCAACAAGCUGACUGAGAACGGCAGAGAGCAGCUGGAGCCGUGGUUGAUAAAAGAGAUGGACUCCUGCAUUACCAACAUUUUCCUCAAUGAAGACCAGGAUGGCUUUAUUCAGCUCUUCAACCUCAUCCUCAAUGAAAGUGUUAACGUGGACUACACACACAGUGAGACGGGGGCCACGCCUCUGAUGGUAGCAGCAGGUCGAGGAUUCCUUGUACAGAUGGAGCAGCUGCUCCACAUGGGCGCAGACAUCAACAUGAAGGCAUCCAAUGGAUGGACUGCCUUAGACUUUGCCAAACACUUCCAGCAGACAGAUGCCUUGGAUCUACUCAAAUCCUCCAUUCCUUUGGGAGAGGUGAGAAGCAUGGAUGAGUCCGCUCUGGUGCAGUGUGCCACUGCAGAGAUGAGCGCUGAAGAGCAGGAUAUGCUCAAACUCUACCACCACAGCUUUGAUGAUCAGUGGGUGGACCUGGAUCUCAUCAUGGAUCUGCUGCACAACAUCUGCUCCACUACCAGUGACGGUGCUGUCCUGAUUUUUCUUCCUGGAUAUGAUGACAUAGUGGCACUCAGGGACCGCAUCAUGUAUGAUGAUAAGAGAUUCUCCACCCACUCUGAGAGCUAUCAGGUCUUCACUCUGCAUUCAGACAUGCAGACUCAGGAUCAGAAAAGAGCCAUGAAGACCUCUCCCCCUGGUGUCAGGAAGAUAAUUCUCUCUACUAAUAUUGCUGAGACAAGCAUCACCAUCAACGAUGUGGUCUUUGUCAUUGAUUCGGGAAAAGUCAAGGAGAAGUCUUUUGAUACCCUCAGUCAUGUAUCCAUGUUAAAGACAGUCUGGAUUUCAAAAGCCAGCGCUCUGCAACGGAAAGGAAGAGCCGGACGCUGCAGACCAGGGGUUUGCUUCCAUCUGUUUAGUCGACUCAGGUUCAAAAACAUGCUGGAUUUCCAGGUUCCACAGUUGCUGCGGAUGCCACUGCAGGAAUUGUGUCUGCAGACCAAACUGCUGGCUCCCUCCUCAUGUCCAGUAGCUGAUUUCUUGUCCAGAGCUCCUCAGCCUCCUCCUGCACAUGCAGUCCGUAACGCUGUUCAAAUGCUAAAGACAAUAGAUGCUAUGGACCAGUAUGAGAACCUGACAGAUCUGGGCUACCACCUGGCUGAUCUACCUGUGGAGCCUCACCUGGGCAAGAUGGUGCUGUGCGCUGUUGUGCUCAAGUGUCUGGACCCCAUUCUAACCAUUGCAUGUACCCUAGCCUAUCGAGAUCCCUUCAUCCUUCCCACCGAGAGCUCCCAGAAAAAAGCGGCCCUACACUGCCGCAAGCGUUUCACUUCCAACAGUUUCAGUGACCACAUGGCCUUGCUGAGAGCUUUCCAGGCAUGGCAGAAGGCUCAGAGCGAUGGUUGGGGGAGAGCUUUCUGUGAGAAGAACUUCCUGUCCCAGGCUACCAUGGACAUGAUACUUGGCAUGAGGACACAGCUGCUGGGACAACUCCGUGCCAUUGGUUUUGUGCGGGCCCGUGGGGGCAGCGACAUCCGUGAUGUGAAUCUAAACUCGGAGAACUGGGCCGUGGUGAAGGCAGCCCUGGUGGCUGGCAUGUAUCCAAAAAUGGUCCAUAUCAACCAGGAGACCUCCCUGCCCUCUAGUAGCAGGGAGAAGAAGGUUCACUUUCAUCCUACGUCUAUCCUGAACCAGUCCAAGUUCAAGGAGAACAGUCCAGCCAAGUCGACCCAGGCCCUUCCCACAGACUGGCUCAUCUAUGACGAGAUGAGCCGAGGACACAGGAUGGCCAGUGUCCGCUGUUGCUCCCUUGUGACGUCCAUCACUAUUGCUAUAUUUGGAGGUUGUGCCAAACUACCCAGCUCCACCCUCCACGAACCUGCCGUACAGAACAGUACUGACAGUCCACUAGAUGACUUCAGUGACAGUGACACAGAGGACCUCACAGAGAUGAGGAUAGAUGAGUGGCUCGUCUUCCAUUUGGACAGAGAGACUGCUGGACUGGUGUUUGACCUGAGGCACAAGUGGCAAAAUUUGUUCAUCAAGAGGAUCCGUUGUCCUUCAAAGCCCUGGUCUCAACAGGAUGAGGCUAUCAUCCAGGCUCUGGUUUCUGUGCUUGGAGCAGAGGAGCAGGCAGCAGGCCUGCAGCAGCCCACAGGGAUUGGUCAGCGACCCAGGCCAAUGACAUUAGAAGAAGGGCCGAGGGCCUCUGUGAAGAACUCCAAGAACAACCCCCAGCCACCCACCAGCAGCACCAGUGACAGGGCUUGUCGGAUUCCAGCGAACAGCAGAAAUGAGUCUUCACUGUCCAUAAAUCUGCUUUCUGAAGACCCUCACUCUUCCAGUAGUUCUGCUUGCUCUCUGGCUUUGGACAGACCCUCUGACUCAAAGGGUCCUUCCACCUCAGGAAAGCAGGUCUUAAAGCCGGCGUCCCCUAGGCCGGGCUUUUCAUCAGUCCGAUACUUCAUUAUGAAGAGCAGCAACAUCAGGAAUGUAGAAAUUUCUCAGCAGAAAGGGAUCUGGUCUACUACACAAAGCAAUGAGAACAAACUCAGCAAGGCCUUCCUGGGAAAUAGCCUCAUCAUCCUCAUCUUCUCUGUCCAGAGUUCUGGACACUUCCAGGGUUAUGCCCGCAUGACGUCAGCCAUCAGUCAGGAGAACUGUCAGGACUGGGGCCUGGUGGGACUAGGUGGAGUUUUCAGUGUAGAGUGGAUUCACAAAGAGAGUCUUCCCUUCCAGUGCACCCAACACAUCCUCAACCCAUGGAACGACAACAAGAAGGUCCAGAUCAGCAGGGAUGGACAGGAGUUAGAGCCCCAAGCAGGCAGCCAGUUGCUAUUACUGUGGGAGAGAAACUCUGGGAAUCAACUUCACUAAGAGUUCACUGCACGACAAAAGAUUGAUCCGAAGAAGAGGAGUUCAUCUCCUGUGUUCCGUUUGUCUUUUGCUUUUGUUUUUAAUAUGUGAGUUCUCUGAAAUUUUUAUUCAUAAAGGUACAUGCAUUCUUAAGCAGUUUGUUCACAAUAAAAUGUCUGUGGUUCGAUGAAAUGUCCUAAAAUGAAUUUCAAAAAAGAAAAUCAUUCUGUUUGUUAAGAUGAUGUCUAGUUUGUUUUCAUGCUUUGCUUUGACGGCUGAGUGAGUCUGUGUUAGUGUUCUGUUCUGUUUGGUCAAGCUUUGUUCUGGUGCCUUUUAUUAUACCUCAGAUUAACUGGACAUUGUCAGAGACUGUUUAUGGAACUGAUGAAUAUACACUAAUUUAUGGUUUUACAAUUUAAACAUUAAAAUCUAGUUUGUUUUUUUAUGCUUUUUGAGAAUGAGGGAUGAGCUGUGGACUGUUGAGGUGAGACAUGAUUGUGUAAAUGGUGCGACUAAAUAAAUUAGAGGUUCAUUUCA